AUGCACUGGCAGCGUGCCAGAGAUGCCGAUUUGCGCUUGUAUGCUGAGAACAUUGCGUAUACAGCUUCUCUGUUGCAGGCCCGUGUGCGAGGCUAUUUACUACGAUCGAAGGGGCAAACAGGUAGCGGAUCCAAGGAGCAGCUCGAAGCAGCACCCAGCAGGGAAGAAAAGGUCCAAUGGCGGGACUACGAUCUUUACCACUCUAUCGGUGGUCCAACACUAAGAGCCAGCGAAGCCAUUUCAGUCUGGGAUGCGCCGCUGACAACACAGUGCGUCUCGAAGGACUGUACGCGCGGGAACGAGCCCAGCACGGCGGAAUGGUGGCUAAACGAUCCCUCAGCAUGCGCGAUCGAAAACGCUUGCGAAGCAUGCAGUCACGUUGACAUGGUAAGACUCAUGGCCAUGCAUCGUGCCGGCGAGCUCAAGCUCGGAGACUACUACACCAGCGGUGCCGAAAUUUUGUUUCGUCCACUGCGUGCCAUACUCCGGGAGACUGAAUGCGCUCUUUGCGGUCUUACCUCACGAUUCGCAACGAGUCAUUUCGUUGCGAAUGUGCUCCAGCAAGUCCUGGAAGGUGACCUCGAGAUGCAAUCCCGGCUAUUACAAGAGCCGGUACAUCGUGGACACCCUGCCCAAGUGCUGCUGAAUAGCCUUCAGGAGCCAACCAAUGACAGUGAUGUCGUAUGUGUCAGUUUGAUGAGGCUGCUACGCUGGAGCUCUGAGAAGCCUGACGAAGGCCGGCCUACAUAUACAGCGCCGUUCGAAUACGAUUUCGGUGCGCAGCUGGACAUGGAGCUUGUAAACGCUUUCCUACGCAGCACCAGUGAUGGUGAUGAGCAGCAUCGCUUCUCUGCUAUACAAGUUGGCGAGACAGGGCGGUCUGUGAAGCUCACGGUUGUAGACGUGUGGCAAGACUGCCUUGUUGAAGUUGACGCCGUUGCACGGUAUCUAGCUCUGAGUUACGUUUGGGGCGGACAGCAGCCCUACGUUCGAACACUGGCUUGUGAUGCCCACAUGCAUACUCCUGAAGGCAUCGCUACCAGCAAGCUACCUGUAACAAUCCGGGAUGCCGCGGACUUUGUCCGCCACCCAACACCAAGUCUUUUUUCGCGAAGGAUAUAUACCAUUCAAGUUCGAGAUCAGCCAAAUUUCCUAAGCUACGCCGACGCCGUCCGCCGCUAUACCGAGCGCAUUCUCACGUACGAAGCACAUGUGGAGAGGGCAUUCACCGGUAUACAGCGGCUUUUGCAGCCGGUCCUCGAUUGCCCCUUCAUUUUCGGCCUGCCAACUCUGGAGCUCGAUCUCGCCAUGCUUUUCUUGCAAUCACCUGGUUCACGCAGGCGUUCGGCUUUUCCCAGCUGGAGCUCGAUGGGCUGGUCAGGCACGGUGAAAUACCGCUGGUGGUCUGAUCAUCUGCUCGACGAUGUCUCGCGGGUGCAAUGGCGAGAUGCUCUAUCGGACGAGCUCUUCACGACUCACGAGUAUAGGCAAGGUCGUGGCGAACAACCCGAGGAUGACUGGGUAGUCACAAGACGUCGGGAGAGGUUUCAGUAUGAGAUGCCAGUGCGGUACAAAGAAGAAAGCGCCGAUCUCUGGUUUGUUCAUCGCACUUUGCCGAGAUCGCAGAGACCUUCUUUCCAAUUCCUCGCGCCUGGUUCACGAGAGCUCCUCCUUAGAGGCAUAAUUGCGCGGAUGCGGCUUGGAGAUUGGAUUCCUCCAGGUUUCAGCCAAUAUGGCAAGCCAGAGCGUGUAAGCGUGCUGGACACCAAGGGCUUCGCUGCCGGCUACAUCCACCGAAAGAUGAGUCCGCGGGAUUCUAUUUCGCAGAGAUGCUCUGUUUAUCCCGCAGACGCGGCCAUGAGUAUGACUCUCACAUCCACUGGGGACGGGACGAAGACGACGUCGAAGCUUCCACCCUCCAAACCUUCUGGGAGGCCGACGCCCACGUCGAUGUCGGCGAGAUGUUGUUCCCGCAUCAGAAAGGCUUGGACGAAGUUGAUGAUCACUUCGAUCAACGGAGAUAUAGUACGCACAUAG